AUGCACAAGUGGGAGUCAGUAAGAAACCUAUCUAAGCAUAUUGAAAGGGUGAUUAGCACACAAUCAUCACAAGAAGUAGCAGAUAACCGACUCCGGCUUAUUACUACUAUAGAGAGUGUAAGGUUGUUGGCAAGCCAAGGAUGUGCUUUUAGAGGCCAUGAUGAAUUAGUUAAUUCAUCUAAUGGUGGCAAUUUCAAUGCGGUUGUGGAUUUCUUUGGAAGAAUGAAUAUAGAUAUUCGCAGAGUCUUACAAAAUGCUCCUGGGAAUGCCAAGUAUGCUUCUCCCAUUAUUCAAAAACAAAUUUUUAAUAUACUUGGUAACAAAGUUAGAACCAAGAUUCGGGAAGAAGUGGGAGAUGCCAAAUUUUGUAUCCUUGUUGAUGAAGCUGUUGAUGUAUCUAAUAGGGAACAAAUGGCUAUCAUUCUUCGAUUUGUUGAUUGUGAUGGGUUUAUUAGAGAACGGUUUUUCAAAGUGCUUAGUGUGGCAAACACUUGUUCUCAAACUCUAAAAGAUGAGAUAUCCAAAGUUCUUACUCAAUAUGAUCUUCAAGUAGAAAAUAUGCGUGGGCAAGGAUAUGAUGGUGCUAGCAACAUGCAGGGUGAAUUUAAUGGUUUACAAGCUUUGUUUUGUGAAGAGUGUCCAUAUGUAUAUUAUGUUCAUUGUUUUGCUCAUCACUUACAAUUGACUUUAAAUGCUGCAGCUAAAGGGGUGCAUGAUAUUUGGGAAUUCUUUUCAACUCUAAGUUUGAUUGUAAAUUUUGUUGAUUCUUCUGCAAAAAGACAUUCAGCUUUGAGAGUUAUCAGAGAAGAAGAAAUUGCAGAUUUAGUGGUUGCUGGAGCACUUGAGACUGGUAGAGGUGCUAAUCAGCUUUGCACUUUGCAACGAGCAGGGGCUACUCGUUAG